AUGUAUGCUGUGACUGGUAGUGAUGAGGAUGACUGUUACCGGUGUUUCCCGCCCGACCCGGGCAUUGGUACUGCUGCGUCAGGUACUAGUGAGGCUGCUGCUCUAGGUGCCAGUGCGUCUGUGCUCUCAGGUACUGGUGAGUCUGCCCUCUCAGGUACUGUGUCGGCUUCGGCCUCUCACACCUUCACACUUGACUCUGGAGCGUCUCGCUCCUUCUUUCGGGACCGCACUACUCUCACGCCGCUGAGUCGGCCGGUUGCGGUGUCCCUGGCUGACCCCUCUGGGGGGCCUGUCCUGUCUCGCUUCUCCACGUUACUUCCGUGUCCGGCGGCCCCCUCUGGCACCCUGUCUGGUCUCUACCUCCCCUCGUUCUCUACGAACCUGGUGAGUGGUGCUGACCUACAGGAUGUGGGGGUCCACCAGUUCACUCCUGCUAGUCAGCGGGUGACACACUGCACAGAGGCUAGCACAGAUCGCCACCUGGCUACGUUUACACGUCAGCCAGGGUCGAGCCUGUACACACUGACCACUGCUUCUCCUCCCGGUGCUGAGUCUGGUAGAGUCCCUUUGUCUGGUCAGGGGCGCCAGCGUGCUGCCCCUCACUCCUCCCAGUUUCCUCCGACAGAGGCCACGCUGCAGACGCUUCACAUGGACGUGUGGGGCCCAGCCCGCGUCCGUGGACAGGGUCAGGAGCGCUACUUCCUGCUCGUUGUUGACGACUACUCGCGUUACACCACAGUCUUCCCCUUGCGCAGCAAGGGUGAGGUUACUGAGGUACUGAUCGACUGGAUCCGCGCAGCUCGUCUUCAGCUCAGGCAGAGCUUUGGCUCCGACUUUCCUGUGUUGCGUCUGCACUCUGACAGAGGCGGAGAGUUCUCCUCUGGCCUUCUGCGUGCCUACUGUUGGGCGCGAGGCAUCCACCAGUCCUUCACGCUUCCGGACUCCCCGCAGAAAAAUGGGAUUGCUGAGCGCCGCAUUGGCAUGGUCAUGGACGUCGCCCGUACGUCCAUGAUGCAUGCGGCUGCCCCCCAUUUUCUGUGGCCGUUUGCGGUCAGGUACGCAGCGCAUCAGAUCAACCUCCACCCCAGGGUCUCCAGGCCGGAGACCUCCCCAGCCCUGCUGUGGACGGGGAAGGUUGGCGAUGCGUCGGCGUUCCGGGUCUGGGGAUCUCGGGCGUUUGUCCGCGACUUGUCUGCGGACAAGCUAUCCCCUCGCGCUGCUCCCUGCGUCUUCCUAGGGUUCCCCCCCGACGCCCCCGGGUGGCAGUUCUACCACCCCUCCUCUCGACGUGUUCUGUCCUCCCAGGACGUCACGUUUGACAAGUCGGUACCCUACUACCGCCUCUUCCCCUACCGCACUCCGUCCCUCCCCCCACCCCUGCUCUUCUUGGUACCAGGUCCCCCCCCGGUAGUCCCCCUCCCCCCUCAGGGUCCUGCCCCUUCAGGUGUGUCCCAGGUAGACGCGGUCGAGCCUGUCGAGGUCACUGGUGACUCUGGUGCUGCUGCGGGAGCUGAGCCUGGGGGUGCGGAGUCUGGGGGUGCUGAGCCUGGGGGUGCUGAGCCUGGAGGUGCUGAGCCUGGGGGUGCUGUGCCUGGGGGUGCUGAGCCUGGAGGUGCCGAGCCUGGGGGUGCUGUGCCUGGGAGUGGUGUGCCGAGGGGUGCUGAGCCUGGGGGUGCUGAGCCUGGGGGUGCUUCGUCUCGCCGGGAGCCACUCUCCCCACAGGAGCUGCGUGAGUGGUUUGCCAGGCGCUGGAGGCGUGCUGCUGGUGCUGGUGGUUCUUCGGCUGCAGAGGGUACUGCUGCCGCGCGUCCCGGCGGUGCUCGUCCUGUGGGUGCUGGAGCUGCUGUGUCUGCGAGUUCUCCUGGAGCUGGUGCUGCUGAGGGUGUUGGCGCUGAGCCUGCCGCUGGCGGUCCGACUGACAGUGCUCCUGGUGCUGCUGCUGGAGGUUCUGGAGCUUCUGGUGGUGCUACUGGAGUGGGUGCUCCUGCCGGGGGUGCUGGUGCUGUUCCUGCUGUUUCUGGCGUCGCCGCGCGGCCCCGACCGUACUUCGUUCCGCUCCUGCAGCAGGUUCUUGGUCUUCCACCUCCUCCUCCUCCCUUAGAGGGUCCGCAGCCUGUCCGGUCACAGCCACAGCUACAGCCUGCCUCCCCUUUGCCUGCUCCUUCUCCCUACGCUGGUCCGACUGGAGGUCUUACGGAGCGUCGUGAGCCUGCGUCUCGUCCUGCGUCGCCUGUUCGUACUGAGCGCGCUAGUGGUCGCGGGUCGCGUCAGCGUCCUCCUCCUGUCCCUAGCACGCACCGGAUGUCACUGCGUCCGUCCACUGCUCCUCUGCGUGCCCCUUUGCCUUCUCCUCCUGCUUCCUCUCUUCCUGCUCUUGCCGACCCGGAGUCGGACUCUCUUCGUGCUGCCAGUCCUACUGUCACGCGUCUCCUUGCUACUGCUGUCACUGACCCUUCCUUCGAGUCGUCUGCUGCGUCUGCCCUUGUCACUGAGCUUGUCGACUUUGCUGCGCGCUGUCGUCUAGACUACGCUGCCAGUCUUGUCGCUGAGUCUGAGUCUGCCUGUCCUCCGUCCGUCGGGGGUGAGUGUGCCCUCGGCACGGACGUCCUUGAGGACAGGCAGGAGGAGUUCCAGUGUCUGGCCGCCGCUUCACCCCAUCUUGCGUCUGUACUGCUAGCCCCUGAGGGAGACCCGGAUGCACUUGACAUCCCGACUCCGCGCUCUUACGCGGAGGCGAUAGAGGGUCCCUACUCCUCUCAGUGGCAGGCAGCUAUGGAUGCAGAGAUGGCUUCCUGGAAGUCCACAGGCACCUACGUCGACGCUGUCCCCCCUCCUGGGGCGAACAUCGUCAGUGGCAUGUGGAUUUUCAGGGUGAAGCGGCCGCCGGGUUCUCCGCCUGUCUUCAAGGCGCGUUACGUGGCUCGUGGCUUCAGUCAGCGGCAGGGGGUUGACUACUUUCAGACCUUCUCCCCCACCCCGAAGAUGACCACUCUUCGGGUUCUGCUGCACGUUGCUGCUCACCGUGACUACGAGCUGCACUCUCUCGACUUCAGCACAGCUUUCUUGCAGGGCAGCCUGCACGAGGAGAUCUGGCUGCGCCGCCCACCUGGCUUCACUGGGUCUUUCCCUCCUGGUACCCAUUGGAGUCUCCGGCGUCCAGUCUACGGUCUCCGCCAGGCGCCACGUGAGUGGCACGACACACUGAGGACUACACUCGCGGCACUUGGGUUUGCUCCGUCUACUGCCGACCCGUCACUGUUUCUGCGCACCGACACCUCUCUGCCGCCGUUCUACAUCCUCGUGUACGUCGACGACUUGGUCUUUGCCACAGCUGACACUGCUGAACUCGCCUACGUGAAGUCCGAGCUGCAGAAGAGACAUACGUGCACUGACCUGGGUGAACUGCGUAGCUACCUUGGCUUGCAGAUCACCCGGGACAGAGCGCGCCGCACCAUUACCCUGACUCAGUCACACAUGGUGCAGCAGGUCCUUCAGCGCUUCGGCUUCACAGUCGAGUGGCCCGUACCCAGAGCUUGUUGGCUGCCUCAUGUACCUGAUGACCUGCACACGUCCUGA